AUGUCUUAUCAGGAUCAGAGCGGCGGUGGGUAUCCACCACCGCACGAGAACAACGGCUACCCACCCCGCGAGCAGCGCGAGUCCCAAUACCCCCCACCUCCAGGCGAAGAAGAUGAACGCGCCAGAGCAGCAUACCAUCAGCGCGCUGUUUCAAACAGCAGCGGCGUAACAUUGCCUCCUAUAUCGCCUUACGAGCAGCAGUACGCAUCGCAACCGAAUGGGUACACCCCCGCGUACCAACAAGGCCCAUAUAGGCCCCCACCCCCUCCGGCAGCGUACCCUAAUGACAGAGGCUACCAGCAGGAUUAUGGCAGAGGUGGCCCUCAGCAUAUGGCUUUCAGUCAGUCCGCUCCGCGACAACGAACUGCGAUCGCAUGCAGAUAUUGCAGGAGACGUAAGAUUCGAUGUUCGGGUUUCGAUCAAAAUCCUGAGGGUCGUUGCUCAAAUUGCCAACGAUUUCAGCAAGAAUGCAUAUUCACUCCUGUAUCCUCGCAAGCACAGGCGUUUGUUCCUGCCCACACAGUUUUCCCAAGCAUGCGCAACAUGGCUAUCGGUCCUGAUGGGCGUCCUCACCCGGUUUAUCCACCAGGCCAACUCUUUGGGGCGCAUGGACAACCCCUGGGCUCUGUUCCAUCCCAACCCCAAUCCCAACCGUCCCCCUAUGAAUAUCCGGCACCAUCACCGACAGGCUCGUAUAGCUCGGCCGACCCAGUGCAAUCUUCGCGUUCCCAGGAUACUGGAUACAACUCCGGCGACCGUGGUCAAUCUUCCCGCUCGCAAGAACCAGCUGGAUACAAUACAGCUGAACGUGGUUCUCCUCCGUACUCUAAGGAUCCUACGCGUAAACGGCCUCAGCAGGACGGCCAUCCUUCAAUUCUGCCUCCUCCGAUGCCGAACCAAGCACCGUACGCGCGGUCCGAGAGCGCUAACCGACGCCAGGCUAUUGAAGAAGACCUACGCCUUCCGCCUGUAACGCCAACGGGAGGACAAACAGCAUCAAACUAUUCCCCAGGCUCAUCAGCAUCGUCGCAUUCGAACCUGCAACCACCAGGAGGACUCCCGUCAAUGUCGCGUACCCCGCCUCCACGGACAAGCCCUGGUGAAGGAAGGGCAGAUCCCAUGAGCUUGGGCAACAUCAUGGAACGAAGACCUGACACCGAAAUCGACCGGAGUAUGCUAGGUCGGUUAGAUCGGAGGGGCUAA